AAAUAUAACAUUGUAUCUCCUCCUCACAGGAUACAAUAAGUGAGAUUUGAUUCACAUCAGGUUUUUUUUUAAUCGUAAAAGAGAAAGCGUAACAGUUCUGUAAUUUGUGUUGUCGGCCGUCACUAAGCAGGAAGGGAUUUUAUAUUGAGUCUGAGUGAAACAGCUUGUUUUAAAAGCAUGUUACUGUUGAGAAUCUCUGAAAUGCCGGAUAGCUAGUACUAGACAGUUGUGUGCCGGUCGGACUGUCUCUUUGUUUGACUUGGCGAAGCGUGCUCUUUUGUUUGCAACUGUUCUUUGUCCAAAAGAGCCACUGACAGGCGCUGCUUUUACUCUUUUUGUUUCGAUCUUAUUUCACGAUGCAAUACGUGAAGAAGUACUUUUCGGAAGGACUCAUCCAGUUUACGAUUAUUUUGAGCCUAAUUGGAGUUCGCGUUGAUGUACCGUUAGACUCCUACUUGAGCGGAUAUCUGUCGCCCCUCUUGGAGACGCACGCCGGUCAGAGUUCAGCCUACACACAGACUCCCUUCCACGCUCUGCGGGACACUUCCGACGGCCACAGCCUGCACGCGAAACGCGCCGACUUGGAACACUACUUCGCGUGCAGGCGGCUGCUGCGCGAGGUGCGCGCACUCGGCUCGCCGCGCUUCCCCACGCGCCUGAGCGCGUGGCUGGUGCAGCUGGUUCCUGCGGAGCCGGACAGCUCGGAUUCGCGGGAGGCUUCGGGAGACGCCGCGCGGGAGGGCAGUAACGCGCAGGGCGGGAAUGCUGAGGAUGGCCACCCCGGCAGACCGCGUGGAGACCGGAACCAGGCUGCCGCGCGCGAGGAGGACACGAGGCCCAGCGCCAUCCCGCCGGCUCACGAGCACUCCAAAGAGGACUCACAGUCAUGGUUAUGGAGUCAGCAGGAGGACCGGACGGUCGCAGCAGAUGAGACCGAGAGCCCAGAGCUGACCCAGCUGGCUCACAGUGAAGCACUGAAUAAUGAGAGUCUUCUUAGCAGCAAUACACCCUUGUUGUCCCAGGCAUUAUCUGGUCCUGAACCCCAGGCCUCUGUUACGGGAAACUCUGAGCAGCAGUGGCUUGAGUUCCUGUCCAUGUCCGGGUUAGAUGAUCUUGAGCCAGAAGUUCCUUUGCGUGUACCAGACCUGGUUGUGGACAUGUCCAGGGCCAUCAGCCACGAUGUGAAUCUGCAGGAUGCUAUGGUCAGAGGAGGUGGGACUGGGACUGAACUGGAGCGAGGGGUCCAGUCUGAAGUCAGAAGGGUGCUCAGAUUGGAGUCUUUCAACUCCUCACACUCAGACUCUGCCUUGGGGGCUGGAGGCCUGCCCCCCAACUUUUUUGCCCUGGUAGAGAACAGCACACAGAAUGGGACAUCCAGCAACACCCUGUCAGGAUGCCUUGAUGAAGCUGUGUUUGAGCAGAUCAACCUCCUGGGCUUAGGCCUGGAGGGCCUGGAUACUAUGGACAUGCAGCUCCUGGAAGGUCUGGACUCAGAUUCUGGGCUUUCUCUGAACUACAGCUCCCACAGCCCAAACUCGCCCAGCUUUUCAGAAGCAUCGUCAGGAGAUUCCUACAGUGAAACAAAUGGGGCAUCAGGUUGUGCCCAUGAGGUAGACAUCACUUGUAUGGGAGCAGCAGAGGAGUCAUAUUUACAGUGGCUCCCUUCAGAGCUUGCAGAAUGUGUACACCAUGACCACACCUAUAGCAGUCCUCUCGAGAGGAGUUCCCGUGACCUGCAGGACAUGGUGUGUACAGGGACACACAGAGACAUCAAGAAGGAGGUGCUGAGCGGAGGAGAGGAGGAGGUGGAGCUUAGCCGGGAUGAGCGCAACGCACGAGCUCUGCACAUUCCUUUCUCAGUGUCCCAAAUCGUCAACAUGCCAGUGGAUGAAUUCCUAGAGGUUCUAGACAAGCGUGGCUUCACCGAGGCCCAGGUGGCGCUGCUCCGGGACAUCCGUCGGCGAGCCAUGGGCAAGAAACAGACAAGCAAAUCCAGGAAGGAGAUGGAACAGCCAGAAGAAUUUGUUGUGGAGAAGGUCCUUGACCAGCGUAUUGUCAAUGAAAAAGUGGAGUACCUCCUAAAAUGGAAAGGCUUUUCAGAAGCAGACAACACUUGGGAGCCAGAAGAAAAUCUUGAUUGCCCUGAGCUCAUUGAGGAAUUCCUGGCUUCUCAGAAGUCUGUUGCGGAGAGACCAGAUUCCAAUAAAAGAAAGCAGUCUACAGAUGAGAUGGAGACAGAAGAGGCUAAAUCAAAAAAGAAGAAGGACCAAAGUGAAAAGCCCCGUGGAUUUGCCCGCAACCUGGAGCCUGAGCGCAUCAUUGGGGCCACAGACAGCAGUGGAGAGCUCAUGUUUCUCAUGAAAUGGAAGGACUCUGAUGAAGCAGACCUGGUACCUGCAAAAGAAGCCAAUGUACGUUGUCCACAGGUUGUAAUUGCUUUCUAUGAAGAGCGUCUCACCUGGCACUCCUGUCCUGAGGAUGAGCACCAGUAGUUUCUCACCUUUAUUUGUGACCCUUCUUGUUCUUUUAUUCUUCGUAUUUUUUUGAUUACGAAGUUUAGUUGAGGAACAGAGCAGCCACUUGAAUGGUUGUAUUUGCACAUAUUUCAGUCCUGGUACAUGGCUGUGAGUUGUCUUUACAAGAUAAGGUGGGCUGUAAAUGUGGAGUGUUGGAGAAAUUAUGAAUUACUACUUUUUGUGAGAGUAAGUGGGCUGUAGUAGACGUUUAGGUGUCUUGUUUUGCUUUUUUUCUUUUUUCUUCCUCUCAUUAAUGCAGCUCUGACUGCCCACGGCUGAAGUGAAGUUGUCUUCCUACUAUUGGUUGACUGAGUUACCUCGAAUUAGUAUGAUUCAGUUUAUACUAACUGCUUUUUUUCUAACCCAUAUAUCGAUAAGCUUUUCUUUGUAGACAUUGCUCUUUAAAGGAUUUUUUAAAGUUUAGUCAGCAGUUGAGCCUCUGACCCAGUUUGAAUAUCCGUUUUCCAUUCCUUGCUUGUGUUUUAAAACACAUAUAAUUUGCUAACUCAUUUACAGCCUCUUCCAUACUUGAAUCCUGCCUGAACAGUAACACUGUAAAUUUGCUUUUGUAAAUAUUUUCUCUACUGUUUAUAUGCUUAGAUUGUAACACUACCUUUUUGACUGUUGGAAUAAAGUGUUCAGUUUUCCUGCUAAA